UUGAUAUGUAUGGUAUUAAAUCUGCAGGAACAUGGCGCUGCCCCUUGCUCCGUUUGUAGCCACUUACUGGCCACACAUCUUGUCGGCCUUGCUCUGUUUCGUACUCGGUAGCGUCUUCGCAAGAGCGUUCAGCACCGUGCCGCCGUACGGACGAAGGAGACGGCACUCCUCGGUCGCUGACGGCCCGCUAGAUCCGCCACCGAACGACGAGGAAAAUACCCUGCGUGUCCCGUACUCUCUGCCCGGGUACGGCGAUGGGGAGAUGGUGCGACGAUCUGACCGGUUUUACCGCGAAAUGGACACUCGCCGCUCCGUCCGAGACAUCUCAGAUCAGCCAGUACCCAUAGAGGUCAUAGAGAACUGCUUACGGACAGCAGGCACCGCCCCGAGCGGCGCCCACAAACAACCCUGGACCUUUGUGGCCAUCAGUAGCCCCGAGGUCAAGCUCGAAGUGCGGCACAUCAUCGAGGAAGAAGAGCGCAUCAACUACGAGAAGCGGAUGAGCGAGCAGUGGCUGAAGGACCUGGAGCUGAUAGGAACGGGCUGGAGCAAGCCCUACCUGACCCGGGCGCCGUACGUCAUCAUCGUCUUCAAGCAGCAGUUCGCAGUCACGGAGGAAGGGGAGAAGAAGACCCAUUACUACCAGGAGAUAAGCGCCUCCAUAGCCACUGGAUUUCUUCUAGUAGCCCUGCAUAACGCCGGCCUCGUCACGGUGACCACCACCCCAAUGAACGCCGGUCCACGCCUGCGUGCCCUGCUGGACCGACCGGUAGGCGAGAAGGUCUUGGUACUACUCCCGGUAGGUCACCCUGAAGAAGACGCCACAGUGCCGGACUUGAGAAGGAAAGCUCUCGGCGAAAUCAUGGUGCUCAAGGAUUGAAAUAGUUCACUGACCUCCAUGUAAAAAAAAGUGUUUUAUAAAUUUUACAACUGAGAAAGAAAUAAUCUGCUAUAAAUUCUCACUGCCUGGAUGGAUUAACCUCAAACAUACAAAUUGUAGAAGUUAGCAGGCCCGAGGCUGACCACGUUUGGAUUUUAGCGAGGCUACACUCGCAAGCGAAGACUCGUUGGUGAUGUUACUGGAAGGUUAAUGGUAUUACGUAUAGGACCCUAAAAAAAGGUUAUCAGUGGGCCUCUUUCGAACCGACACACUCUAAAAACAACUUAGUCAAAAUAUUGACUGGUUUUCCUAGUUAUUGAAACUGGACUAUAGUUAAACAUGCAAAGUUUCAUGCUGUGACUAGACAAAGUAGUUGGAUUUGACAUCAAUUUUAGUUAUGCGCAUAACUAUUUUUCCUAUAGUCAAUAACACUGACUGGAAAAAUCUAGUCAGAUUGACUGAUUUUCAGGUGCACCCAGCUGACCCUGAAUAGUUAGUCAAAGUUAAGUGGUGUCUAGUCAAAUCUGACUAAUGUUUUAAUUGUUUUAAUUUUUUUUUUGCAGAGUGUAGAGGUCUCUAUAUGAUCGCCUUCUCCAUUAAUCAAGCUGUUAAACCGAUUGUAUUUUUAUACCAAUACUCAGUGGAAACAAACGUGAGACCUGUAUCAAAGCUUAUCCGAAAAUCGAACUUAAAACGUACAGGUAUAUAACCGAUGGAACUGCAGCUGCUGUAUAUCUGUCUACACAACGUUGGUUAAAAUGUUAACCAAUUUUUUUUAACCAACAAAAUUUUAACGAGCGUUUUGAGAGUGUAUAUUAAGCCAGUACAUGUAAAUGUUUUAUCAACGUUAUAGCCAAACUAAUUUAAAAAGAACACCUGAUUUGUGUAUACGAAAGAAACAGACGGACGUUCCGCCACACCUGUAUAGGCUACAAAGUCCUUAUUAUAAUAAUAAUAUUGUUACUAUUGUAUACAUGUAGUUAAUAAUUAUUCAAUAUGCCUGGGCAAAGGACAUACGUAUACAAAGCCAUUAUGGUGAUAAAACCUUUUUUUAUCAACAGUUGUAGGCAUACACAAUGCACCAUACUAUGCGGUAUCGUAAUUUAUAAAAGAUAUGCUUGAGUACUGCUAUGCUAAAUAGUAUGCUAAAUUGCAUUUGUUUUAUGACAAACGACGGGAGCCUGAGGAUUAGCGACCCUUCAUUCCGUAUGCAGACAAUUAAAAUCGGUGGUUUCUUUUACAAUUUGCCAUGAAGGAGUUAAUGGGUUUUUUUUUUUAUUGAAUACACUAAUUUGUUCAAUUUACAAAGCAAAACAACUUAAGUCAGCCGUCUCCUACGAACUUUAACUUGAAGGAAAUAGGCUAAAUGUGAUUUUGGAUCAUGUUGUGAACUUGGUCUAGAUAGUGAAAUAACUCACUGAAAUCACUGCCAAAAUUGACGAACUUAUGUAUUUUUUUAAACAUGAUGAUGUUGUUACUAUGAUCGUGAUGUUCAAAAUACAAAAAUUCAAAAUA